AUGGCCGGAAACCGUGUCCAGUACCGCCGCCGUAACGGCUACAACACCUCCUCCAACCUCACCCGCAUCGUCAAGACCCCGGGUGGUGAGCUGAGAAUCCUUCACAUCAAGAAGCGCGGUACUGCCCCCAAGUGCGGUGACUGCGGUGUCAAGCUCCCUGGCGUCCCCGCCCUCCGCCCCCGCGAGUACUCCCAGAUCUCUAAGCCCAAGAAGACCGUCCAGCGCGCGUACGGUGGCUCGAGAUGCGGUAACUGUGUCCGCGACCGUAUCGUCCGUGCCUUCCUCAUCGAAGAGCAGAAGAUCGUCAAGAAGGUUCUCAAGGAGCAGAGCCAGAGCGAGAAGAAGAAAUAA